CUUUAAGAAACGGUUUAACAAACACUAAUAUAAUUGCCCGUUCUUUGAACAGGCUCCAAAGCUAGUUAGGAGUAACAAACAAGCUAAAUUUGGAGAAAGGGAGUUGAACAUGAUUCAAUCAAAGGUUAAUCUGUAAAGCGGUGGGCUUGUUGGGCUUCACUAUUACUGGGCUAUUCUUUUGUAGACACAAAAUCCACACUAUCCUCUCUCUUCCCCACCGUCGGCGGUUGAACCGGCGGCCAUCACUUUCGCCGGCGAUUUACCUGGAAGUUUCAUUCUUCAAUCUUUAACUAAAAGGUUUUAGUUCGUUUCGAUUCGUGGUUAUAUUGAGGUGAUUUUGACGAUGAUGAGAGAGAAUCAAUGGUUAACAUCAAUGGCGGAAUCAAACGGAAUAGCAGUUAUUGUGGUGACUGUUUUAACAUUAAUUUUAGUUCGAUUGCUGUAUGUUCUUAAUCGGUGCGGAAAAUCAUUACGACCCACUACUGUUAAACCUCUUAGCACUCUCAUUGUUCUUGGUUCAGGGGGUCACACGGCUGAGAUGAUUAAUCUCUUGUUGGAACUACAAAAGGAUAGGUUUAUGCCUAGAUAUUACGUAGCUGCAGCUACUGAUAAUAUGAGUCUGCAGAAAGCUCGAACAUUUGAGAGCUCCUCGAGUAGUGAGAAAGGGACACCUGCGCAGUACAUGCAGAUAUAUAGAAGUCGGGAAGUUGGUCAGUCAUAUCUAACUUCUGUUGGGACAACCCUUAUUGCCAUUGCUCACGCGUUGUGGCUGAUGAUUAAAAUCAGACCCGAAGUGAUCCUCUGCAAUGGCCCUGGAACUUGCAUUCCUCUAUGUGCAAUUGCCUUUAUGUUUAAGGUAUUGGGGAUCAGAUGGUCGUCGAUAUUUUACGUGGAGAGCAUUGCAAGAGUUAAAAGGCUCUCUUUGAGUGGCUUGCUGCUGUACAAACUAGGAAUUGCUGAUCAACUUUACGUACAAUGGCCACAACUGCAAAGGAAGUAUCCUCGCUCUAUUUAUGUUGGUUGUCUCAUGUAGCUGGUUGAUGAACUAUCACCUGUGUAGUUUUAACCAUAUACCAGAUAUAUGCCAUUUCUUUUUUAGUUUUUUUUGUAGAUUUCACUACACAAUCUAAUUUUAAAGAUUUUAAUUAAUGUAUUCUUACUGAUUAAAAGGAUUGUGAUA